UAUUCGGCCAUUUUAGAACGCCAUUUAAAAGGAAUGUACUACAUCUCCUUAUUCUAAUAAGACACAUGGAUGAUCUGACGUUUGUUGAUAGGCUAAAAAGAGCAGUUAAUACGGAUGAUGCCGACGAACUCCUCCGUUUAUGCUGUGAUAGUUCAAAAAGGAAGGAGAUUUUGAAUUUUAAAGACGAUGCUGGACAUUGUUUAUUACAUCGGGUUGCUGGUUCUGGUACCGUUGACCUUAUGCGAACUUUGAUGGACAUGGGUGCUGAAGAUAAUGAAGACGAUUGCAUUGAAUUCGAAAAAACAUGUUUACAAACUGCCUGUUCCCAUGGAAACACAGAGGUCGUGAAAUAUUUUUUACAAACUGACGAGGGCUUAGAGGAUGAGGCGUCAAAAAUUGAAUACAACGACUGUUAUGAACUAUUUUAUUUUGCUGCAAAAUCUGGGAACAUUGAAACAAUAAAAAAUUUACAGAAAAAAAGCCAAUUAGAUAUUAAUCAAGUUUUCUCAAAUGGAAGUACUGCAUUAUUGAUGCUUGUGAAAGAUAAUGACUCAAAAGGCGUUGAAAUUUUAUGUAAAUGUGGAGCUGAUGUUAAUAUUGGAACGAUCGGUAAAACUAAAAAUCGAACUGGACUAAAAGCUAUCCAUACAGCUUCAAGAGGUUUCAAAAAUUGUGCAGAAAUGAUCCAAAUACUCUUAAAGUAUGGUGCGAAUGUAAAUGAACCGCUUAUAAGAAAUAACCUUAACCAGCAACCCCUUUUUAUGGCUUUAUCAAUGGGAAAUGAAGGUAAUGCUAGAGUGCUAUUAGAGCAUGGCGCUGAUAUAUCAUACAAGGGGGAAACUUUGGAAGGAACAAUUGGUUGUUUUUGUCUAGCGAUAAAGAAAUGUCCAUCGCUUGUUCUAGACUUUAUCAAACGUGGUGCAAACCUGUACGAGACACACCAAAAAAGUUCAGUUCUGAUGAUUGCUUUAGACAGUAACGCAGGAAGUGAGUCUAUUGAGGCUUUAGUUGAAGCUGGUGCAAAUUUAAAUUUUGGAAGAGACGGCAAAAAUGUGAUACAGUGUUGCACACAUUAUGACCAGCUGAAAUCAUUUCUUAAUGCUGGAAUAUCUGUGCAGGAUAUCGAGUGCAAUUACAAAGUACCUACAUUAGGAUUGGCUUUGCAUACUUUGCUAAGUAAUAAUAUCUAUACUUUUGGACGAUCGGGUCUGGAAAUUGAAAGUCAGGAAUUAGAAUUGAUUAAAAAUGAUGUAGCGGAUUUAAUUUCAAACGGUGCCAAUCCAGAUUUAUCAACCCAGGAACUGGAAAUACCGUUGAUUACAGCAACCAAAAAUCGUCUGCAAGGUGUUUUCGAAAUGUUAAUAGCUGUAGGUGCCAACAUACAUCAACUUGGAAAAGAUGGCAAUUCAGCUGUUCAUGUGUGCUGCAUAGAGUCAAACUGGAAAUUCUUGGAAAUUCUGAUUACAGCUGACACAGACCUAAAUAAAGCCAACGCAAAAGGAGACUAUCCUCUAGAGCUUGCUAUAAAAGGAAACCCAGAUUUGUACUCAGAAGUUCGUAGAUUUAGCAAAACAAAUGUUAACAAUACAAGCGUGUUGGAAGAUAUUAUCACAAAAAUGCUAAAUAAAGGAGCAAAUCCGAACCUUACUAAAGGUGGUAAAAAUUCUCCUUUAAUAUUAGCUAUAAUGGAAAGAUUAGACAAAAUUGUCGAAGUAUUACUUCAUGCCGGUGCUGAUGUAUCUCAUAUUGGUAAAAACAAGACUACAGCAUUUGCAUCUUGUUUAAGAAAUGGACUCAAGAAGACCAACACCUUAAGAAUACUUAUAGAAAAUGGGUUACCACUGAAUCAGCCAAAUUCUGCCGGAAAGUAUCCUCUUGAAUUUCUGAUCCAUAAACGUUGUGAUUGUACCUUAAUUUCAUUAAUGCUUUCAAACGGAGCCGAUCCAAAUAUCAUAGCAAAGGAAAAUCCUGUUUUAACCAGGACAGUAAAAUUGAAACUGUAUGAUGUGUGUAUAGACCUGUUAGAUGCAGGGGCUGAUAUAGGCGUGAAAGAUGAAGAUGGAUGUACUGCAUUCGAUAUUUUUACAAGACAAUUAAAAGAACAGAAUGAUUUCCGCCGAUAUAAUAUACAAGGAUCAGCACGCGAACUUUUAAAAAGAUUUGUUUUGGCUGGAAUCGACGUAAAUCAACAAACCGUGUCUGGAACAUAUCCCAUAUUUUUGGCUGUUUCUAGUGGUGCAGAAUAUGUGAUUAAAGUUAUGUUAGAUAAAGGAGCAGAUGUUAAUGUCGUGAAUGAGUAUGGAAACACACCAUUGGUUGAAGCCAUCUUUCAUUAUUUAGAUGAUAUUGUACAACAACUUCUACAUUCCGGAGCUAAUGUGAACCAAAUCUGCAAAGAAAAAACUCAACUUCGCACAGACAACAUUAACAGAACAGGUUAUACUGCAUCCCAUCAUCGUGUUUUGAAGUCUAUGGAAGAUAUGGAAGACACUUCCAAUCAUAAGUUUAAGAGCUGUAUACUGACGAAAAUAAUAAAAAGUCGGCAAAUGAUAUUAAAGAAGAAACGAGAUUUUGUUGGCUUACUUUUGGAGUUUGGAGCUGAUCCUAAUUUCGAAAAAUCCGGACACGAUUCAUGUCUUAUGCACGCUGUCCAACAGGGUGAUCCUGUAUUGGUAAAGACUCUACUUAAUGCAAAAGCAGACAUUAAUCAUAUUGGAAACAAGGGAUAUACAGCUUUGCAUAUCUAUUUCUUGAAUAGUAUGCAUAGAUCAGAAAAAGCAUUAUGCAGAAAACUACUUGAACGAUCAGUAAUUCUUGAAUUUGAAGAAGAUGAUUCGUCCAUUCUUCAAACUUUGCUUGAGUAUGGUGCACCAACUAACGUAUCGUGCACUGAUGGAGACUUGCCAAUUCACAUAGCUGUUUCAAAUUGCACGACAUAUAAUGCAUUUGAAAGUAAUGUAGAUGAUAUAAUUUCGAUGAUUGAUUUAACGAAAGAUUUAAAUGUACCAGACAAGAAGAAAAGUACACCAUUUCUAGAUAUCAUCAAGUUUUGCAACCUAGACGUUCUAAAGAAGAUGGUGGAACUAGGAGCUGAUGUUAAGUCAAAAGGAACUAAUGGAAACACUGCUCUUCAUGUUGUCGUGGAAAAGAAGAAGUUUAGCAAAGAUAUUGUCUCGUUUCUCUUGCAAAAUGGAGCAGAUAUUAACGCCAUGAACGACCCUAAGGAAACGCCAUUGAUUUUGUGUAUGAAAAGAGGAUCGAACUAUGCAACCGUUGACAACAUAUCAUUCUUGUUGGAAAAUGGUGCCAAUGCAAAUAGUUGUGCCGAUGGGUCAAAUUCUGCAUUAUUGGAGGCGAUUUCAUUUGAAUCGUUUCAUGUUGCUUCAGCUUUGAUAGACCAUCAAGCCAAUUUAAAACAUAUUGGAGAAAAUGGAAAUACAGUACUUCAUGCUCUUUUCUCAAAAGAAAACAAGCGCGAGAUACAACCUCGCACAUAUUUCGAUAAUUACGCCUUGUAUGACUCAAAUGAUGGCACAACAUAUGCUGGUUUUACGUCGUUUGAUAAACCAAUAGUCAAAAGAUAUGCGGUAUCAAUCAAAUCGGAUGGACAUGAGGAAAGAGUAGAAAAACAGAUAUGCGAAGUUUUAGAAAUCGCUGUUGAACUAGUGGAUGCAGGAGCAUGUUUAAAUAUUGUCAACAAAGAUGGACAUACUCCUCUUUACUGUCUCAUUAAGGAGAAAGAUACAACUACCAUUGAAUCAGUGCUGCCAUAUCUUAUAGAGAAAGGAUCUGAUCCUAAUCUAGGUUACGAUUUGCCAUUAAUUGCUUCUGUAUAUUUAAAUCAAACCACAACAACAAAAAUGCUUUUGGAGCACGGUGCUGAUGUAAAUAGAACGAAUUCUCUGGGAAAUACAGCUCUUACAACAACUUUGAAUGAUUACUGUCACCCCAAAACAGGGUAUAAGAAAGAAAUAAUAGAUAUCCUACUGAAAUCUGGAGCAUCUGUUACUCUCACAGACGGCAAUGGAAAACAACCACUGUUACUAUUAAUUAAUUCCGUAACACAGCGUGCAGACUUUUACCAUGAAUACUCUGAUUAUGACAAGGAAGUAAGCCAGACAGUUUUAAAACUGAUUGGAAAGGGAGCGGAUCCUAAUGCCAUCGAAGUGGAUGAAGACUCUGCUUUGAUCCUAGCAGUACAAUAUAAGUUGCUAACAAUUGUUAGAAUUCUUUUGGAAUCAGGCGCAGAUAUUAAUCAUCUAGGAAAAAAUGGUCAAAAUGUUUUACAUUGUUACUUCCGUUACAAUGGAAUCAUUCAAUUUUACGAUAAUAGAGGUUCAAAAUCCCUUGAAAUACUGGAAUUACUUUUAUCAAAACACCUUAGAGUAAAUCUUCAGGAUAAUGAUGGAGCUACUCCGUUACACCUGUCAAUAAAAAAUCAGAAUAUUGAAGGCGUGAAGAAACUUCUGUCUGCCGAAUCAGAUAUUUUACUACAAGGAAAGGAUGGGUUAAAUGCGCUUGAGCUCUGUUUGACUUUGAGGGCGGACCGAGAUAAGUGCUUACAAAUUCUAGAUGCGCUUACCGAUCAUCAACUCUUGGAUAGGAAUGUUGAUGUCUUCUUCCGUAAAUUUUGGGAAUACAUUAAAUCAAAUGAGUUUCAAGGAGACAUGAAAAAUCUCGACAGUGUAACAUGUAAGAUAUUGACCACUGGAGAAGAUGUAAAUGUUAAUUUUGCCAAAGAAAUGGACGACUCACCACUUAUUUAUUUUUGUCGACUUGGAUGCCUUCAGUCUUUAAAGAUGUUAUUGGUCCACAAUGCAGAUGUAAACCAUGUUGGGAAUAUGGGAAUGACUGCGCUACAUCACAUCAUUAGUUUGAAAAACUAUGAGCAUGCUGUUCCCUUAUUUGAUUGUUUGCUUGCUGCAAGUCCACGGUUAGACAUUUCUGAUAGUUUUGAUGAGACAGUUCUGAAAAGUGCAUUUAAAAUCCUGUGUGGAAUGGGUACAUCAGAAUGGAAUUAUUAUGAUGCCAGCUUAAGAGUUCGUAGACAUAACUAUGUAAGCACAUACAUCCAGAAAAUGUUAAAGGCUGGUGCGACUCCUGAUCCAAAUGAUUUGAAUGAUGCAUUACGUGUGUUUGCCAUGAGGAACGAUUUCAGAGGACUUGAAUGUCUUAUACGUCACGGAGGGGACUACCGUAAAACAGACGAAAAUGGAAAGUCCAUUUUACAUUUGUGUUGGUUAGAAUCUUUAGACGGUGCAUUGGAGUUUUUACAGUUCUUUGUUGAUACCGGAUGUUUAAUGAAUAAUAUUGAAUCGGUGAAAAAUUCAAUAAUGUUGUCAUUGUUGUCCGGAGACACACAUGCUAAUGGGAUUACAGAACGGGAUGAUAAAAUAAAAGAUAUAGUUUCGUUUUUAAUCAAAAAUGGAGCAUGCAGAGGGAAAAAUAAAGACGGAAAUGGGCCACUUCACAUAGCUGCUAAGAAUGGCUACCUGGCGACUAUAGAAGUACUUUUGCAAUUCGGCAAGGAUUCAGUAUUUGACCACAACGAAGCUGGAGAUACAGCUAUUCAUGUUUGUCUGAAAAAUCCAAAGGUGAAUGUAUGUGACAUUAUCGAAACCAUGCUAGAAAAUCAAACCUCAAACCAGCUGUGUCAAAAUUUACAUGGGGAAUCUCUAUUGUACCUUGCUACGAUUGUUUGGCGAAGGCAACUAAUCGACAUUUCUUGGAAAAAACAAUUGAUCGACGUUUCUACGAUAACGUCGCAGUUGGUAGCAACAUUACUCAGGAAUGGGGUUAAUCCUAAUGAUCACACCCAAGACCAAAUACCUUUACUGUCUGCUUUGGAAGCCAGAGAUAUCCAGACAUCGACUCUCCUAUUAGAAGCUGGUGCAAAUAUCAAUGCAACAAAUUAUGAAGGAAUUUCAGGACUCCAUACUAUUUUUGGACUGAAUAGUAAAAAAGAAAACGACCUUUGUCUUGCACAGCUUCUGUUGGAACAUGGAAUAAAUGUUAAUUUGGUAGAUAAAGAUGGAAGAUCUGGUUUAUUUUUCUUGGUUAUAAAGCACCAGCAAAAUUAUCACAGUUACUGCCACUCAGAUGGUAACUCCUUUGAGGACGUUUUCAACGUUCUUUUAAAGCAUGGCGCUGAUCUAAAUAUUUGUGACAAUCUAAACGAGACAGCUCUAAGCUCUUACAUUAAUUCUGAAACAGUUUUAGACAUAGCGAAUGUUUUGUUGAAAAGCGGAGCGGACCCAAAACUUGGAUACUGUCUUCAAAAUUAUAUUCAGAAUUAUAGAAAUAUCGACUCCUGGAUUUCUUUUAUACAUUCCCUGCUGCAGAAGGGUGCUGAUCCGAAUAAACGUAAAGCAAACGGGUCUAACUUAAUUGACUGUGUUUGGUAUCAAGACAGCCGUCUUGUUGAAGAGAUAAUAAAUUAUGGAGCUGAUGUCAAUUUUGCUGAUGACAUGAAGAAAACAGCUUUACAUUAUGCUUGUGCAAAAGGUCAGUUAGAGGAUAGAUAUGAAAUGGCAUCACUUCUCGUGAAAUGUGGAUCUAAUUUAAAUGCAGUGUCUACGACUGGGGAAAGACCUCUUGAUGUUUUAGUGCAGCAUAUGAUCAAUGACAUUAAAGGUCUCCAGAUAAAAGAGGAAAAAGAAGAACAAUACGGCUUUAUAACGGUAGACGUGUCCUUAUUGAAUAUACUUGUUUGUGGAGGUGCAGAUUUAGGUCCUGUGUCACUUGAAUCAAUCGAUCCAAAAACCAAAGAUUUAUCCGCUCGAGAAAUGCAGUUACAAAGUCAAAUUAUCAAUCGGCCAGUCCUGUUCAAUUUGAUAACUAAUGGACUCUUCAAAACUGCAGAAUAUUUGAUACGUAGUGGAUGGGAUGUGAAGAAGGAAGAAUGGUUCGAUGCCUUUGAUGUCUCUAAGCGUACUCCUGAAAAUGUCGAAAUAAAGUACCGUGUCUAUAAACGACAUGAUAUUGAAACGAAAAAAGCAGAAUUUCAAUCAUUCUUGGAGAAAAUUGAUAGAGGUCCAAAAUCCUUAACAGAUAUAUGCAGAAAAGCAAUUCGACAUCAACUCUUAAUGGUUUCAAAUGGUUCUGAGAUUGAAACAAAAAUUUCAGCACUUCCGCUUCCAGCAAAAAUCAAACGUUUCAUAUGUUUGAAAGAAUUUAUGAACGACGACGAAAUUAUUCAGAUUGAAAGAAUGGAAUCGAGCAGGGUCAAUCAUGCCCAAUAUGAUUCAGAUGGCUUUUAUGAUGAUUAUUAUAAUGAUUACUGUUAUGAUAGUAGUGAUUCAGAUUAGUAACAAAAUAGAAAAGGUUUAUAUCAUACCACAUAUAGCUGUGAAAUGCGAAAUUGUAGCAACUAAUCUUUUGUGAAAUUCAGUUUUAUAUACACCUUUAUAACGGUAAAUAAUUUGGUGUCUUACUUUUAUUCGUACUAAAAUAUGUAUAAUUAUUUUUAUGCUACUGUCUGUUCACUACACGUGAGAAGAAAAACAUAAUUGGAUGUUUCCGUUCAACUAUUCGUUAUAACACACACAAAUUAGGUCAGACUAUAUGCAUUUAUAGCUAAUUAUAUGACAUGAGUUUUGCUCAUUUUUGAAAGCCGCGGGGUGAUCUAUAAUGUUUCUUUCUAUGUCAUUUGGUCUCUGAUGGAGAGUUGUCGCCUUGGCAACUAUACCAUAGUUUCUUAUAUUUAUAUUUUAUAUAUAAGAUUAGCACAAAAUAGUUGCAAUUUGUGAUAAAAAGAAGUUUUUAUUUUUGGUUAAUAUAUAAAUCAUAGUUAUUUUGUAUUUUUCGACUAUGUUAACAUUUUUCAUGAUCCCGCCGUAGUGGAGGGAGGAUAAAUUGUUACCCUUGUCCUAACAGCCUCAUUUAUGUACAAAAUAAUGAACUAAAAACAAUUAUGUUACACAGCAACUAAUGACAACCACUGAAUUACAGGCUACUGACUUGCGAUAGGCACAUACAUAAUAAGACAGUCGUUAAAAUCGUUUGAAGGCGCCAUUACUCCACCUAACCUUAGACAGUGGUGUAACAGUACAACAUAAGAUGAUAAAAUUUGUCUCAAUCAAAUGAUAUUAAACUAAUACAGAAUGCUUAUUAACACUAAACAAAAAUCAUGUUUGAAUUUUAUCGUUCUUGAGUUAUGUCUUUUUAUACCGUCUAAUGCAAGCGGCGGGGGUAUCAGCUGUGUCCAAUUGAUACAUUCUCUAAAUAUUUUCACUAUGUUAGAAUAGUCUAUAUCCCAAAACGUAGUGUUUCUAAUUCCGCAUUGUACUGUAUUGCUUCAAAAUUAAAUGUUCGUCAAAUCCAGAUAUUAAAACGAGCGUCCUCAUUAUAUUUAAUAUAUUAUAAUAUUAACACAAAAUCAUUAUGUAUUUUAAUUUUAAAUGAUUCGCAUAUUUACAAAUACGUGAAUGUAAUUUAUUCAUAGGAAUUAUUUCCUUGGUUUACACUUCCUUAGACAAUAUCGCCAAAACUACUUUCGGUCUCCUGUUUUAUUUAGGUUUUUCCUUUCACGAUAAGGAAAGACAUUACCGUAUUCCUUCUGAUUAUUAUUAGGUCUUUCCACUUUUCCGUGGAAAGAUCUAUUGGUUUUCUUCUGAUUAUUAUUAGGUCUUUCCACUUUUCUGUGGAAAGACCUAUUGUAUUUGUUCUGAUUAUUAUUAUUUUUUCUCCCGCAAAAUUUAGUUAUCGCGUAAAAUUUUUGUUUCGCAAUAUUUCGCGAAGAUAUUUCUUAUAUAGUAUCAUACAGUUUAUGCGCUUUUUAUUUUCACCCAUUCUAAAAUUUAUUUUGUAAGAGUUAUCUUCCUAUUCACUGUUUAUCAAGUGUGUGCAUCUCCUUCGUAACAAAAAAAGAUAUCGACAAAAUUCUUUUUCUAAAUUAAUCGUUACAUCCUCAGGAAUUUUUGGCUAAUUUGGAUCGAAGCGAUUCGAUGAAAUUUUAAAGGAGUUAUCUUCCUUUACCAAAUAAAUUUGUCGGUAUAUUUUUUUAACUCAUAAACCGUUAACCGUAUAACCCUUGAAUCUUUUUAUUUGAGGUCCCUCGGUCCUAACUUAGAAAAUGAGGUCAAGGUCAAAGGUCAAGGUCAAGUUCUCAGUUUUGACUUUUCCUUGUUUUUGCAUUUCCUCAAACACUUUUAAAGAUAUAUAUGAAAGAACAAGUGCAAAAUGUUCAAAAUUUUGAUUAUGGCUUGUUAUCACUUAUUUUCAGAAAUCUUUUAAGAUAGCAACAAAAUAUGUUUACACAAUUAUUAGUUGCGACAUGUGGUAACACGGAAAUCUUAGUUGAAAGGGUACGCAGACAUUUAAUGGGAGUUUUCGCCCCUUUGAUAUCUAAUAUUAACUGAAUGGUAUUAUUACUUAUUAACAAUAUAUAGUAGAGACCUAGAGUCUUUUGAUUUGAGGUCCUUUUUUCAUGACCUUGAAAUUGGGGUCAUGGUCAAAUUUUGAUUUUACGUUCUAGAUUUUGACCUUUGCUUUAACUUUUAAUGUAUGCAUGAUAAAGCUAUAGGACUUUGUGCAGUAAGUUGCAAGUCAUAUGACCUUAUAAAAAUCAACCGGAAAUGACCUUUUGUAAACCGGAAGUAGCUAUUUUUUGUACAAAUUAAAUGUAAAAGUACAUAGAACCAUAUAUUUUUGGAAUCAGUGUCAAGUUAACUAUCAAAUGAUACAGGAAGUGACAUUUUUAAACCGGAAGUAACAAAUUAUCUCCCUUAUUUCAGACAAAAAGUAUAAAAACAUAUAUUUUUAAAUACAGCGUACAAUAAGCUAUCAUUUUGCACUGGAAAUGACAUUUUCAACUUGAUUUAAAAUUUUCAUGUCUAAGAUAUUGUUACGGGUGGAAAGACCUUCAAUUGUUCGCUGAACAAUUAGAUUUUAUACGACCGCAAACAAAUUUUGCGGUCAUAUAUUGGUAUGACGUUGGCGUUGUAUUCGUCGGCGUCGUCGUCGGCGUCGUCGUCCGAAGACACAUUGGUUUUCGCACAAUAACUUUAGUUUAAGUGAAUGGAUCUCUAUGAAAUUUUACCAUAAGGUUCAAUACCACAAAGGAAAGGUAAUGAUUGAUUUUGGGGGUUAUGGUACUAGCAGUUGAGGAAUUAGGGGCUAAAAAGGGGCCAAAAAUAAGCAUUUUUGUCAUUUCCAGUCAAUAACUUGUGUGUUAAGGUAUGGAUCUCUCUGAAAUUUUACCACAAGGUUCCAUAUCACAAAAGGAAUGCUGGGAUUGAUUUUGGGGGUAAUUGCUUCAAAUUUUAGGAAUUAAUGGCCAAAAAAGGGGCAAAAAACAAGCAUUUUUCUAGUUACAUGACAAUAACUUGUGUGUAAGUGUAUGGAUCUUUCUGAAAUUGUACUACAAGGUUCCAUAUCACAAAGGGAAAUUUGGAAUUGAGUUUGGGGGUAAUUGCCCAAAACAUUUAGGAAUAAGGGACCAAAAAGGGCUACAAAUAAGCAUUUUUCUAGUUUCAUGACAAUAACUUGUGUGUAAGUAUAUGGAUCUCUCUGAAAUUGUACUGCAAGGUACCAUACCACAAAGGGAAGGCUGGGAUUGAUUUUGGGGGUAAUUGCCCUAAACGUUUAGGAAUAAGGGACUAAAAAGGGGCAAAAACAAGCAUUUUUCUAGUUUUAGGACAAUAACUUGUGUGUAAGUGUAUGGAUCUUUAUGAAAUUGUACUACAAGGUUUCAUAUCACAAAGGGAAUGCUGGGUUUGAGUUGGGGGUAAUUGCCCUGAACGUUAAGGAAUUUGGGGUAAAAAAACAAGCAUUUUUUUAGUUUCCAGACAAUAACUUGUGUUCAAGUGUAUGGAUCUCUCUCAAAUUGUACUGCAAGGUACCAUACCACAAAGGGAAGGCUGGGAUUGAGUUUGGGGGUGAUGAAUCAUAAGGGGGUUCAAAAAUUUGGGGGUCGGAUUUUUUUUCCUAUUUCUUUCUAUUUGACAUUUGUAUCCCCUUUUACAAUUAAUUCGAGUUUCAUACAAAUAUUGUUUCCUGAAAAAUCAGGAAGAUUAUUUAUGUAACAAAUGGACGAUAUAAUUGAAGUUCAAUAAUAAUAUGUCAUGCCAAGCACUUUGAAAAAUUGCAAAUGCAAAUGUUCAAAGAUAUAUUCGAAAUAAAUACACUCCUAUUUGUUUUUAUUAUUAGA